AUGAAGGGGCAGAGAAAGAAAUCGGCAACGCCCAAGAAAUCGACGGCGAUGGAUCAAAAAGACGAGAAUGUAGAGAAUCAGAAGGAAGCACCAGUUCCAUCCGAUUCCGAAGAAGACUCUGAUUACGAGUACUUUUCUGGAGAUAGCGACCACGACGAGGACUCUUCCGAAUCACUGGACUCUCAAUCUGAAUCUGCUGGUUCUGGUGAACUAGAAGAUGCUGAUGGUGAUAACUCCGGUGAAUCAGAGGAUGCAGAAUCUCAAGACGAGGAUGUUGUCAACUCAGAAAGUGGAAGUGAGAGCUCUGAUCUUCAUCAGGGAGGAGGAGGAGGAGUUGAGAGUGAUUCAUCUGAGGAUGAGGUGGCUCCUCGAAAUACGAUUGGAGACGUUCCUUUGAAAUGGUAUGCCGAUGAACCCCAUAUUGGAUAUGACAUUACGGGAAAGAAGAUUAAGAAGAAAGAGAAGGCAGACAAAUUGGAUUCCUUUCUUAAAAAUGUUGAUGAUUCUAAGAAUUGGCGGAAGAUCUAUGAUGAGUACAAUGAUGAGGUAGUGGAGCUCACAAAAGAUGAAAUCAAAAUGGUGCGCAGACUACUCAAGAAUGGGGCACCACAUCCCGACUUCGAUCCAUAUCCGGCUUAUGUUGAUUGGUUCAAAUGGGAUGAUGCCAAACAUCCAUUGUCGAACGCACCAGAACCCAAACGAAGGUUUAUUCCUUCAAAGUGGGAAGCUAAGAAGGUUGUCCAGUAUGUUAGAGCAAUCCGCAAGGGAUUAAUUACUUUUGACAAGCCAAAGGAGGCUGAUGGUCCAUUUCUCUUGUGGGAAGAUGAUUCUGGUUUGACCGAAAAAGCAAAUCAUUUGGCAUACAUUCCUGCACCAAAGCAGAAGUUACCUGGCCAUGAUGAGUCAUAUAAUCCUCCUUUAGAGUAUAUUCCAACCCAAGAAGAGAUUAAUUCAUAUCAGUUGAUGUUUGAAGAAGACCGCCCUAAAUUUAUUCCAAAAAGCUUUACAUCUAUGAGAAGCAUCCCUGCGUAUGAGAAUGCCAUGAAGGAAGCUUUUGAACGCUGUUUAGACUUGUACUUGUGCCCCCGAAUUCGGAAAAAACGUCUUAAUAUUGAUCCUGAAUCUUUAAAGCCAAAGCUUCCAAGUAAAAAGGAGCUCAAGCCUUACCCGAUUACAUGCUAUAUUGAAUUUAAAGGCCAUGAAGGUGCAGUGACGUCAAUUUCAGUUGAAGCUUCAGGGCAGUGGAUGGCUUCAGGUUCAAGUGAUGGAACAGUCCGUGUCUGGGAGGUUGAAACAGGCAGAUGUUUGAGACGGUGGGAGGUUGGCGAAGCUGUGAGCUGUGUUGCUUGGAAUCCUCUGUCCGAUAUUCAUAUUUUGGCCGUCUCUGCGGGACAAGAUGUACUUCUUCUAAACACUUGCUUGGGUGAUGAAGAAGAACAGAAAAAGAUUAAGGAGCUUCUCUGGGCCGAACCACCAAAAACAUCAGAUGACACUGGCACAAAAGCACCUAGUGUAAGCUGGAUUAAAGACGAUGAACACGAGGGUAUCAGAUUAAAGCAUUUAAAGGCUGUUACUGCUGUGGAAUGGCAUCGGAAAGGGGACUACUUUUCAACAGUGAUGCCAAAAGAUAUCCUGUCUAAAUCAGUUCUCAUACACCAGUUGUCCAAGAAAGCUACACAAAAACUUCCAUUCAAGUUACGUGGAAUUGCUGUUAGAUCAACUUUCCAUCCAUCCCGUUCCAUCUUCUUUAUUUGUACACAAAAGAGUGUUCGUGUGUAUGAUUUGUUAAAGUCCAAACUCAUAAAAAAGCUUGAUACGGGCCUCAAAGAAGCCUCGUCCAUUGCAGUCCAUCCUGGAGGUGAUAAUUUAAUUGUGGGGAGCAAAGAAGGGAAGCUUUGUUGGUUUGACAUGGACCUUUCGUCUAAACCAUAUAAAAUUCUUAAGUGUCAUCCGAAAGAUAUCAACAAUGUGGUUUUUCAUCGUUCAUAUCCCUUGUUUGCAACAUGUUCAGACGAUGGCACUGCAUAUGUUUUUCACGGAAUGGUUUAUUCUGAUCUCAAUCAAAAUCCUCUUAUUGUUCCUUUGGAAAUUCUACGGGGCCAUGCAAGUUCAAAUGGGAGAGGGAUAUUGGACUGUAAAUUUCACCCCAGACAACCCUGGUUAUUUACUGCCGGAGCUGAUAAGUUGAUCAAACUUUACUGUCACCACUAA